AUGAGCUCCCAAAUUUGUCAGAAUUAUUCCACCAAAGUGGAGGCUGUCGUUUACCUGGCCCACCUGCAUCUGCAAGCCUCCUACACCUACCUCUCUCUGGGCUUCUAUUUCAACUCUGACGAUGUGGCUGUACAGGGCAUGGACCACUUUUUCGGAGAGUUGGCCGAGGACAAGCGUGAGGGCGCUGAGUGUCUCUUCAAGCUGCAAAACCAGCGCCGUGGCUGCCUUCUCUUCCAGGACUUGGUGAAGCCUUCCCAAGAUGAGUGGGGUAAAACUCAGGAUGCCGUGGAAACCGCCUUGGCCUUGGAAAAGAACCUGAACCAGGCCCUUUUGGAUCUGCAUGCCCUGGGUUCUGCCCGCACAGACCCUCAUCUGUGUGACUUCCUGGAGAACCACUUCCUGGAAGAGGAGGUGAAACUCAUCAAGAAGAUGGGCGGCUACCUGACUAACAUCCACAGGCUGGCCGGCCCCCAGGCUGCGAUGGGCUAG